GUGGUCCUGUGGUUGUGUUGUUCGUAGUGGAGUGUUUCCAAUUCAGAGAAAUGGUUAAUUAAAAUGUGCAUUUAAAUAAUCUAUUAGUAGUGUGAUAACAGAAGAAGAAUUGGGUAAAAAGCAGACCUUCGACGAUACCAUAGGAGUAGAACUUCAAAUUUCACCAGUGGAACAAGAAAUGAAGAUGAUUCUCUGGAUGGAAAGUUUUUAUGUAUUGCGUGCGCCCUUUCAGAACAUUUUAUUCAGCAUAAAUUCGAAAAUAAUGAAGGUAAUAUUAUGUGGUAUUAUUUCAGCUACAUGCAAUACUGUUAUUAACUAUGAAAUAAAAAAU